UUUGAUACACCUGACACUAUAUUGACAUUUUAAAUCUUCUAUCAAAAUUUGCUACCAUAUUUAAAUGUAAUUCUUCGUCCGCCUAUGGCUGAAGAUUCGAAAAGCAGUGACGCAUCAGACAGUUCUUCAGAUAGUGCAAACGACCCCGUCAAAACCAAAAAGCAAACAACGCAGCCCGUAAUCCAGGGCAAGAUUACAAAGAAACGCAAGAAUACCCUUUCGGUGUGUCUGACAAACUGCCGCUAUGAGGUCAUCAGGAAGAUCGUCCAGAAGUUCGGAUACAAAGAGGUGAGCGAGGGCGAAAACUGGAACCUGUACUGGACGGAUCUCUCGAUCACUGUAGAACGAUGCAAAGAGAUGAAGCGGUAUCAGAAAAUCAAUCAUUUUCCAGGAAUGUUGGAAAUAUGUAGGAAGGACUUGCUGGCGCGGAACCUCAAUCGCAUGCUGAGGCUAUUCCCCAAAGAGUACAACUUUUUUCCGAGGACUUGGUGCCUCCCGGCGGAUUUAGGCGAGGCAUUGACAUACAGCAGGCUGCGCCGAAAUCGGACUUUUAUCCUCAAACCUGAUGCGGGGAGCCAAGGACGCGGCAUUUUCGUGACGAAGAGUUUGAAGGAUAUCAGACCGUGCGAUCGCGGCGUCUGCCAAGUGUACAUCAACAGACCGUACCUCAUAGAUGGUUACAAGUUCGAUUUGAGGGUGUACACUCUGCUUACGUCUUGCGAUCCUUUGCGGAUUUACGUUUACGACGAAGGUUUGGUGAGGUUCGCCACGACUCGUUACAAGGAACCGAAUUCUGUCAAUAUCACGAACGUCUUCAUGCAUUUGACCAACUACGCUGUUAAUAAGUACAGUCGCACGUACAACCAGGAUUCUGAAGAAGGUAGCAAGAGGAAGCUCACUUGGUUUAACAGUUACUUGCGCAAACUGGGUCACGACGUGGAAGGAAUCUGGAAACGAAUCGACGACGUCAUCAUCAAAACGAUCAUCAGUGCCGCUCCCGUGUUGAAACAUAGUUAUGCUGCGUGUUUUCCCAACCAUGAUGUGAUACCCGCCUGCUGCGAACUGUUGGGUGUGGAUAUAAUUUUAGAUAAGAGACUAAACCCGCAAAUUCUAGAAGUCAACCAUUCGCCGAGUUUUCACACGGACACGGCGUUGGACUGGGAGAUCAAGGAGUCUCUCCUGUCCGAUAUGUUCACGAUGAUGAACCUCGACAAGUGCGACAAGCGCAAAGUGAUGCGGGAAGACCGGAAACGCAUAAGAGAGCGACUUCUCCACGGCAAAGACCACCAACCGUCCAUCGUCGUCAACUUCGACGAGUUCUACCGCCACGAGAUGAACAACAGAGGAGGAUUUAGACUGGUGUACCCCUGCGCGAUCAACAAGAUUCACUACAACAAGUUUUUCGACCAAGGACAAGGUUCGCUGUAUUCGGAAACCGCUGCGAGCAGAGCUCGAGAGGCUGCCCAGAACGCCCUCAGGGACGAGAUGCAGCUGAAGGCCCGACUGGAGGCGGCCAAGCGAGUCGUGCCGGCGCAGCCGAAGGUACAUCAACCCAAGAAGCACGAGGGUCCUCAGAACGCGAUGAGGUCGCCGAAAAUCAACGCGCCCUUGUCGGUAAUGAGUUCUUCGGAGCCUCAGAUGAUCGUCGAGUCCGAGGAAAGGGACAGGCUUCAGAGACUGGCGCAGAGGGAGUACUUGAUCAGAAGUCACGGGAUUUUGGAGCACGUUUACUUUUCGAUGAAGAAGAACGGCAAUCUGAGACCGCGAGACGAGAAGAAGUUCGCAAUUUUUGAUAAGAUACGUAGCUCGAGCGAGAACAAUUUCAACAAGCAGAACGGAGUAGCAAUUUCGGAUCUGGUAGAAUCGAUCAAAGCGAAAUCUAGUAUUUAGAGGGCGUAUUAAUAAAGUUAUUCUUUUUAA